AUGGCCGUCGGCGCCUUCGCCGAGCCGCUCGUCGUCGUCGUGCUCCUCUUUGGCGGCGCCUGGGUCAACCGCAACAAGGACUACGACCUGUGCGUCUCGGCAUAUGUCGCCGACAAGACGCACAAGAGGAGCGAUGAGCUUCUAGGCGGCGGCGACAGCAACAGACGCGACUCGCGCGAGAGCCAGGCCAGCUGGAGCGGCAGCUCGACGCCGACGCUCGCCCCUCACGAGGUGCCGACGCUGCGCCGCCGCAGGAUCCGCUUCUUUGGCCGCGAGCGCUUCGUGACGACGCCCAACACGCUCGUCUUCCAGGACCGGUUUCUGAGCCGGGUGCUGGAAAAGUUUCCCUUUCUCGCCGAGGCCUGGUAUUGGGCCCUGGUGUACUGGAUCUAUCAACUCGGGCGAGCCUUUACCGCCCUGUCCCUGGUCGAGGGCACCGUCCACGUCGCCCGCCAGCACGCGCUGCAGCUCAUCCACCUGGAGCAGCGGCUCAACAUCUUUUACGAGGUGCCCGUGCAACGGUGGUUCCUGGCGCGACCGGACCUGAUGCACUGGAUCAACCGCGUCUACUCCUUCAUCCACAUCCCCGGCACCAUCUUCUUCCUCGUCGCCCUCUACUACCUGACGACGACGGGCACGCGCCGCGCCGGCGCCGACAAGGUGGCCGCGGGGCCGGGGCUGUACGAGGCGCGCCGCCGCACCAUGGCCAUGUGCAACCUCGUCGCCUUUGUCGUCUUCACCCUGUGGCCGUGCAUGCCGCCGCGGCUGCUGAGCGACCCGGACUACCAGGGGGAUGAUGCGGCCGAGGCCAAGAGCUAUGGCUUUGUCGACACGGUCCACGGCAAGGACGGCGAGAGCAGUGUGUGGACGACGAAUAGAUUCUGCAAUCAGUACGCCGCCAUGCCGUCGCUGCACUUUGGCUACUCGCUGCUCAUUGGCCUGACGGUGGCAACGCUGCCGAUAUCCGGCCUGCGCGCCACGUCGUGGAAGCGCAUGGGCAUCGUCAUGCUCGGCAUGUCGUAUCCGGCCCUGAUCCUGACGGCCAUUGUCGCGACGGCCAAUCACUUCAUCCUCGACGCCGUGGCGGGCGCCGUCGUGUGCGGCAUCGCCUGGCACUCCAACGGCCUGCUGCUGAACCUGUGUGUCGUCGAGGACUACUUUCUGUGGCUGGUGCGCAUCCACAGGCCCGUCAACCACGCGGACCCGGACACGGCCGUCGAGCCGGGGCUGCAUGCCGGUCUGUUGCUUCACGAGAGCGUGUGA